UACUUCCGGCGAGGAAGUGGCGUUCGGAAGUGUCGGCUUCGGUUUUUCUCUCCGAAUUUCAGCGAUUCUUCUCCUACGUGGAGGCUGAUUUUCCACGAGGGCUCUUCGGAAGUGGACCGGGGGGGAAGUGGGCCCGAGUCCCUGCCUGGAUUCAAGGAAUUCAGGUCCAAGUCGGUUCCUAUCCGACUGCCUCCCUCCGGGACCAAUGAAGAUCGUGGUUCCUCUGUGAGGCUCUGUAGGUGGAAGGAAUGAGCCAGUGUCGAGCGCUGUAACGUUUCUGACCCCUGCGCUGACUUAAGUUGACUUAUAGUGGAGGGGAGAAGCGGCCGCAUCUGGAUCCGUUAGUUGACCAACCGCUGUUGAAGGUGCCGGUCCGGAGAUCUUAAAACAGCUCCAGAGAUAUUUGCGCAUUCUGAGUUGGAAUGAUAAUGACAGGCUCCCAGGAAAUUAUAGACUUAGACCCUCCGGUUCAAACUUCGCAGGAGCAGGAAGACCUCCUAAUAGUGAAGGUGGAAGAAGACGACGACGACGGCACCUGGAUGCCGGAGUACAACAAUCCACCAACCUUUGAGACUUUCCACCAGCGCUUUAAGCACUUCCGGUACCAGGAGGCAGCCGGACCCCGGGAGGCCCUCAGCCAACUCCGGGUGCUCUGCUGUGAGUGGCUGAGGCCCGAGCUGCACACCAAGGAGCAGAUUCUGGAGCUGCUGGUGCUGGAACAGUUCCUGAGCAUCCUGCCCGCAGAGUUGCAGACCUGGGUGAGAGAGCAUCGCCCGGAAAGCGGAGAGGAGGCCGUGGCUGUGGUAGAAACUAUACAGAAAGAGUUUGAGGAACGCCGUCAACAGAUUGCUGAAGUGCUUCCUCAGAAGCCGGUGCCGCCUAGAGCUGGGCAGGCAUCCUCCAGGGAGCAGCGCCUGUCCGUGGAUGUCCAGCCCAAAGAAGAGCCGCAGCAACCUCGCUUUCUGGAGGAAAAUGAUGAUGAAUCCAAGAAUGACAGCAUGGACCUCAUUAUAGAGCAGCUGUCGGAUGAAGCCGGAUCCCCCUGGACGCCACCGGAAAACGCCGAGAGGAAUGAGCCCCAGAGCCCAAAGUGUGCACAAGUUAGUGACCCUAAGGACGUGGUAGAAAAGUGGCAGGUAAACCCCACUGCAGGGAAAUCAAGGCAGAAGCCUUCAAAGAAAGGAGAGCUUGGUGCAACCACAGGCAUUACCCGUAAGCAAAAGAGAAGCGGUAAGAGAGGUCACAAAUGUAAUGAUUGCGGGAAAUUUUUUCUCCAAACCUCCAACUUCAAUCAGCAUCGCCGGAUCCACACUGGAGAAAAGCCAUUUAAAUGUGGUGAAUGUGGGAAGAGCUAUAAUCAGCGUGUGCACCUUACCCAGCACCAGAGAGUCCACACUGGUGAGAAACCCUAUAAAUGUCAAGUGUGUGGAAAACAUUUCCGGGUGAGCUCACACCUGGUCCAGCAUCACACGGUGCACAGUGGAGAGAAACCUUACGGAUGCAACGAGUGCGGGAAGAACUUCGGUCGGCAUUCCCACCUGAUCGAGCACCUGAAACGUCACUUCCGAGAGCAGUCCCAAAGAUGUAUGCACGAGCAGUUUGUUUUGGGGGAUUAAGAGCGAGAAGCGGUUGAUUAGCUUAGGACAGGUGGGUCGUGAGGCUGGGAGCAAUAAGGAUGGGCAGAUAGAGCAGCUUAGCUGGUCCCUUCUUAGACUUUCUCUCUGAUUAUCAAGCUAGCAGGUAGAACUGUAUGCUUCCUCUCUACUUACCCCUACCCCUUUCCACAGAAGUACCUGCUUUUAACUCUUACCUGUUUCUUCUGGUGAUUCUAUAUUUUUAAAAUAAUACUGCUGUUUCUUGAAUGAUCAAUUUUAGACAUCCAAUUUUUGAUUAUUAUAGUAAAUGAGAUUUUUUUAAAUUCUCUUAAUGCUUCUUUCCCUUUUUCGUAAUUUAGUUAUUUCACUUGUUUUAUUCUAAAAUAAUAAAAUAACAGUAGUA